AUGAACCCAAUGACUUCACCAGGCCCCAUGGCCAAUUCUGUAUAUGUGGUGCCACCCUACAAUGGUUACCCAGUGAUCACGGGAACGGUGGCUCAGGUGCCUCUGUAUCCAGGCAACCAGACUCAAAUCCACAUAAUUCAUGGAAAUCCACCUGGUUCGGUGCCAGUCCAGAAAGUCUUGAAAGACGGCAAAGUCCUAGGGGCCAUCCAGAUCCUGAUUGGCUUGGUGCACAUUGGCCUGGGCUCCAUCAUGCUCACCAACCUUUUUGGGUACUAUAUACCCGUGUCCCUCUAUGGAGGCUUCCCCUUCUGGGGAGGCAUCUGGUUUAUCAUUUCAGGAUCUCUCUCAGUGGCGGCAGAAAAACAACCCAAUUCACCAUGCCUGAUGAAUGCCAGUGUGGGCCUGAACAUCUUCAGCGCCAUCUCUUCUGCAGUGGGCGUUAUGCUCUUCAUCACGGAUAUGUGUUUCACAGGAACAGCUAUCCCUAACUACCAUUACUACGGCAGCAGGGUGAGUAAUAUAGGCAUGGCUAUUUCUGGUGUGCUUCUCAUCUUCUGCCUUCUGGAGCUCUGCAUUGCUAGUGUGUCUUCGCACUUUGGCUGCCAAGUGACCUGCUGUCAGCACAACAAUGUGGAUGUGGUCAUUCCAAAUGUCUAUGCAACAAAUCCAACAGUCGUCCCAGAACCACCAAUCCCAGUACCAAGUUACUCCAGUGUAGUUCAAGACUCCAGAUAA